AUGUCUGACGACGACGAGAUGGACGUCGACCACGAAUUCGGUCACAGCGAACAUGAAAAAUCUCGUGCCGAGGUUGAACGUGAGCUGGAUGAAAAGUACCCGAACCGUCCUCACAACAAAGGGAAAACACUUCCAUUUCAUACUUUGUUUAAGGAUCUCUUCGACCCACUUAUAGCAAGCAGCAACACUAAGAAAGGUGGACCAAAUCAGCGAAAAUUGGGCCCAGACGUACGGUCAAAGAUGGCUCCUUCGGAAAAGCGAAGAGCCAUUAUCGAACGGUAUAUUUCAAGAUGGCGUCGAGAGGUUGGUCACGAUUUUUACCCUGCCUUUAGGCUAAUCAUCCCUGAAAAGGAUCGCGACCGGGGAAUGUACGGUCUCAAGGAAAAGAUCCUAGGCAAGCUCUGGGUCAAAUUGUUGCAGAUCGACAAAAACUCUGAUGAUGGCAUUCAGCUGUUACAUUGGAAGGUCCCUGCGAACGGUAAAGCAGCCGGCGACUUCCCUGCAAGAUGCUACGAGGUCAUUUCCAAGCGUCCAUUGUUGACGGAGGUUGGUAACAUGACAAUUGAAGAAGUCAACGACAAUCUGGACAAACUAUCUCAAGUGUCGAAGGAAAGCGAACAAUUGUCCAUUCUGGCUGAGUUCUAUAAGCGAAUGAGUGCUGAUGAACUUGUGUGGUUGAUCAGGAUCAUCCUACGCCAAAUGAAGGUCGGUGCCACGGAAAAAACUUUCUUCCACAUAUGGCAUCACGAUGCCGAGACUCUUUUCAGUAUCUCCAGCAGCCUGCGUAGGGUUUGCUGGGAGUUGUACGACCCAAACAUACGGUUAGAGAGCGAUGAAACCGAUAUCACUGCGAUGCAAUGCUUCCAACCACAGCUUGCACAAUCUAAUACAAAUACACCUCUGCCACGCAUGGUGGAGAAGUUGCGACGAGCCGACGCUGAGCAAGAAUUCUGGAUCGAAGAGAAAUUGGACGGCGAACGCAUACAGUUACACAUGGUGUCAGAUGAUUCCGUUCCUGGAGGUAAACGGUUUAAUUUCUGGUCCCGCAAAGCCAAGGACUACACUUAUUUGUACGGCAAGCAUCUCUCUGAUAAACAAGGAUCCUUCACACAAUUCCUGCAGGGCGCGUUCGCCGAUGACGUUGAGAGUAUGAUACUGGAUGGAGAGAUGAUAACGUGGGACAUGAAACAGGAUUCCUUUGUGCCAUUCGGAGCCCUAAAGACAGCAGCUUUGGCUGAGACUGCAAACCCCUUCGCCGAGGGUCAUAGGCCGCUUCUUCGUGUAUUCGACAUCCUGUUGUUGAAUGGCAGAUCUCUGACGCGGUAUCAACUACAAGAUCGAAGAAAAGCGCUGGAAAGAAGCGUUAAGGGAGUUCAUCGUCGGCUGGAGCUGCUCGAUCACACAAUUGGCACAUCAGUCAUGGACGUGGAAGUUGAAUUGCGAAAGAUAAUAGCAGCGUCAUCCGAGGGCCUGGUGCUGAAGAAUCCAUAUUCCGCAUACCGUCUUGACGAGCGGAAUGACGACUGGCAGAAAGUCAAGCCCGAAUAUUUGACUGAAUGGGGUGAGACGUUGGAUUGCUUGGUGAUUGGUGGAUUUUAUGGUUCGGGGAGAAGGGGUGGUAACUUAUCCAGUUUCCUGUGCGGUCUUCGCGCUCCUCGAAGGUCGCAGAAUCGUAACAGCCAAUCUCAGAAACAAGGCCAGUCCCAGAAGAGUCAAUCUCAGAGCCAGUUUCAAUCGCAAAGUGAAUCACAGACAGAUCAGCUGUCAUAUGUCUUUGUGUCCUUCUUCAAGGUUGGUGGCGGGAUGACACAAAAUGACUAUGCCACGAUAAAGCACGAGACAGAUGGAAAAUGGAUUGACUGGGAUGCCAAGAACCCGCCCACAGCGUAUCUCGAUCUCGGGGGGCCAGCCACUAUGGCUCGUGAGCGACCUGAUGUGUGGAUCAAGCCAGAAGAUUCGAUAGUGCUGGAAGUGAAGGCAGCCAAUAUCGUGCCAAGCGAAGACUAUGGUGCUGGGAUGACAUUACGGUUUCCACGGUUCUCAAAACUGAGAAGAGACAAGGACUGGCAGACUGCGCUGUCCUUUGACGAAAUGCUGGAUCAGUGCGACAAGGCUGGCAAAAAGGAAGAAGAGAAGGCUAUGGAAAUCGACGACAGGAAACGGCAGAAGCGCCAGGCCGCCCCCCGCAAGAAAGUACUCACGGUAGCAGGGUACAAUGCGAGGGACGUGAACAGCGUUGAACAGCCACAGGGUCCUCAAGGUGAAGUCUUCAACGGUCUGACCUUUUACAUCAUGACCGAGUCAGGAUUGAACGGAUCACAGAAGAAAACGAAGCUGGAGCUCGAAGCCCUAGUCAAAAGCAAUGCAGGCAAGAUUGUGCAAACUCAGUCUGCUUUGGAAGACAUCAUCUGUGUUGCAGCUCGCAGAACAGUGCCAGUCGCGAGCCUCAUCAAGACGGAUAAGAAGGAGAUCGUUAGGCCAAUGUGGAUUUUUGAUUGCAUCGAGCAAGCACGUCGGGAUUUUGCAAGAGGGCUAGCUGAGAUGGUGAUACCGUAUGAAGUCAAGCGGCAUUUGUUCUUCGUCCCUGAGAGGCUGCAAGGCAUCUGGGACGACAACACAGAUGAUUUUGGGGACCCGUAUGCACGAGACGUGAAUAUGGAAGAACUCAGUGAGCGGCUAUCGAAAAUGCCUGAUGUGGAGCUUGGUCGGAAGACGUUGGACUUGAUUCCGAAGGUGUUUCCGGAUUUCAUGCAAAUGCGAGGAGUUAUGUUUCAUGGACUGGUCAUCUAUCUGGAUGGUCCUACCCGGUCCCGCGUGGAGAAGAGCAAUAAGAAAGGCGAAGGGUCACUUUCAAUCACAAUGGACAGCGAGAUGCUGGCCAGCCACAACAUGGUGCUUUUUGCUGGCGGCUGUGUCCAGAAAUCACUCAGUCACGAGGUUACGCAUAUUGUCACGCAAGCGAAUUCCGACGUUGCGGGUCUGCGCAAAGAAAUUUCUACGUGGAAGAGCAAAAUUCCUCGAAUCGUUUCGGUCGAUUGGAUACGUGAGUGCUGGGACGAAUGUACGAGGGUCGACGAAGAGAGAUUUCCAGCGCUUUGA